GCCUCGGUCAAGCACAGCCGCAGCGUUGUCCACGCUGCACGUCUCCAGCGUCCGAGUUGUCAAUUUGCCCUCGCGCGCGCUGCCGAGGCGACAGCGCGAGCAACUGGGCGAGUCCUGCAGUCAUUUGAGCAAACCCCUCAGAGAGCCUCUCUCAGCCAGCCAGCUCUCAUCCGCGGAAAAAGCGCGUCGCGCCGCGGCGACGGCUUGCCCCUUGGCCUUCGCGUCGUCUGCAUGUCCACGUGUUCUUUGGCCUUGGCCAAGUCCUCGUCCGUGAAGCGUAGCUCGAGGACGCGCAUCAGGCUCUCAGCCUCCUCGCAGCUGUGGAUGCACAGUAAAGCGCCCUCGGGGCGUGGAGGCGGAGACAGAUGCCACCGGCACGCCAUCGCCGCGACCGUCAAACAUCGGUAUCAAAAACCAACGCCGUUCGAUGCAUCACAACUCGCACAACAACGCAGGCCCCGAUGCUCCUCAAGAACCUGGUGCGGACCGGCACGCUGCUCGCCGGCGCCCGAGCCUUCGCCCCGCUCGCCGUCCAGCGAAGAGCCUUCACCAAAAUGAGCGCCGCGCCGAUCGGUGUCAUGGUCACCGUCGAGAUCGAAGAGAGUAGGGUGCCCGCCUUCCUCGAAGCUUUAAAAGUGGACGCGGCCGGUAGCAGGGAGGAGGAGGGCUGUUUGAGGUUCGAUCUCCUCAAGGACUCGGAACAGGCGAACACGUGGCACUUCUACGAGAUCUACAAAGAUAACGACGCCAUGGCCGUGCACAAGACGCUGCCCCAUUAUAAAGCGUGGGCGGACUUCAAGGCCGGCGGCGGCGUGGUCUCGCAGAAGGUGGCCAAGUUCACGGCCGACGACUUCACGGCCUGAUUCUGUCCCCCUGUGUCCGUUUUCUCCCGUCGUCGUCGUGUCGUCGUCGACGGCGUCAAGGGGACGGCUUCUCGGAACUGACUUAAUUCUCCAACUUG